AUGACGAAAAGAGCCGAUCCAGAUAGGUUUACGGUAACGAAAGAUGCGCUUUUGCCGGGUAUAUUUUUCGCAUUACUUGUUCGUUGGUGUGUUGCCGCAUAUCCGUAUUCUGGAUAUCGUAAACCACCGAUGUAUGGAGACUUCGAAGCUCAGAGACAUUGGCAAGAGAUUACUGUUCACACACCGGUAACAACGUGGUAUCAUAACACGACGCAAAAUGACCUUGAAUAUUGGGGCAUGGACUAUCCUCCGUUAUCAGCGUAUCAUAGCUUGUUGAUGGGCCUCGUUGCGGACUGGCUGGAUCCGGAAUCCGUGAGGCUCUUCGCGUCAAGAGGCUACGAAGAUGACUCUCACAAAACAUUCAUGCGUUGGACGGUAUUCCUGAGUGAUUUGUAUUUCUAUGCGACAGCAGUCCUAUGUAUAUGCAUAGACGCGGAACGUGUGAGAGCUAAAGAAACAAAAUGGGUGUUCAAGAGGACUGAUCUAUCAACUAUCUUGUUUUUAUUGUACCCCGGUUUAAUUCUUAUCGAUCAUGGUCACUUUCAAUACAAUUGUGUGUCACUAGGUUUGUUUUUGUGGGCCACUUUCUUCAUAAUAGCCAUUGAGAAUGAUGUGUUAGCGACAAUAUUCUUCGUUUUUGCUCUGAAUUAUAAACAGAUGGAAUUGUAUCAUGCAUUACCCUUUUUCAUUUAUUUGCUUAGAAAGUGUUUUAUUGGAAUACCUCCACGUAGUAAAUUUUCUCAUAUUGUUCACAAAUUUAACAAAUUAGCAGUUGCUGUAAUAUCUUGUUUUAUUAUUAUAUGGUAUCCCUUCACCAAGUCUUGGGAUAAUAUAUCUCAGCUUGUACAUAGGUUAUUUCCAAUCAAAAGAGGAGUAUUCGAGGAUAAAGUUUCUAAUAUAUGGUGCUUUGUAAAUGUUUUUGUAAAAUUAAAAGACGUGUACACAAAUGAAGAGAUGGCUAGAAUGUGCCUGGUAGCAACUGCGGCAGCUGCUCUACCAUCGUGUAUCGAUUUAUUUUUAAGAAUCAACAAAAAAAAAUUUGUACUUUGCCUCAUAAAUGUUUCACUAGCGUUCUUUAUAUUUUCGUUUCAAGUUCACGAGAAAACAAUAUUAUUGGUGGCUAUACCUGUAGCCUUGCAUCUUCCUGAAGAUCCCUUCAUGUGCUUUUGGUUCCUACUCAUAUCUACCUUCAGUAUGCUGCCAUUAUUCCUUAAAGAUGGUUUACUUAUACCAUUCAUAUGUACAAAUGUUAUUUACAUUUGUUUCUACAGCAUAUGUGUGAAAUUAGCUCAUCCGAACAGUGAUUUUCUAUCAUUUUUCAGUGCGAAUAGAAUCGACAAGAUAGUACGGCCAAAUCAACAUGAAAACUCAGUAUUAAUGACACUACUGAGCACGAAUUUCUUUUUUUCAUUCAUUUGUAUGAUAUGGUUGAUAGUGGCCGCUGUAUUCAUCCCUCCGCCGGUUUCAUAUCCAGAUUUGCCUGCGUUGCUCAUUUCCGUUUUCUCAUUCUGCCAUUUUGUUUUAUUCUUCAUAUAUUUUAAUUAUCAACAAUUUUCUAUGCCAAUGUGUUUGCCAGUUCCUCAAAAAGCUAAAACUAAAUAA